AACUUUACCCGGGGUAACAGCCGAGGCGCUUUACGGCGGCGGCGGCUGAGUGUGAGCUUUGGCGGCGGUGGAGGCGGCCGCGGCGGCGAAGGAGGCGGCGGCGGCGGCUGAGGAGGAAGAGGAGUGGCGGCAGUGGCGGCGAGGACCUGUGCGGGGAUGGCGGAGGUACCGCCUGGGCCUAGCAGCCUCCUCCCACCACCAGCACCUCCGGCCUCGGCGGCGGCCGAGCCCCGCUGUCCCUUCCCGGCGGGGGCCGCCCUCGCCUGCUGCAGCGAGGACGAGGAGGACGACGAGGAGCACCAAGGCGGCGGCGGCAGGAGUCCGGCGGGCGGCGAGGCGGCGGCGGCCAAGGGGCAUCCGUGCCUCCGCUGUCCUCAGCCGCCGCAGGAGCAGCUGCAGCUCAACGGAUUGAUCAACCCCGAACUGCGGCACCUCCGGGCGGCCGCCUCCCUCAAGAGCAAGGUUUUGAAUGUGGCAGAGGCGGCCACGAUCACGGCCACCCCCGACGGGGGCCCCAGAGCGACUGCAACAAAAAGAGCCGGGGUACACUCGGGCGAGAGCCCCUCUCACUGCCUCCCCAAUAAUGCAAGAACUGCGCUCCCCAACCCGGCAGAGGCAGCGGAGGUGAGCGAUCCCGCGGCGGCCCGCAAUGGACUGGCGGAGGGCACGGAGCAGGAGGAGGAGGAAGACGAGCAGGUGCGGCUGCUGUCUUCAUCCCUGACGGCCGGCUGCAGUUUAAGAAGCCCCUCGGGCAGGGAGGUUGAGCCUGGGGAGGAUCGGACGAUACGUUAUGUCCGAUAUGAAUCCGAGCUACAAAUGCCCGAUAUCAUGAGACUGAUCACCAAAGAUCUGUCUGAACCCUACUCCAUUUAUACCUAUAGAUAUUUUAUCCACAACUGGCCACAGCUGUGCUUCUUGGCCAUGGUAGGGGAAGAGUGUGUAGGUGCCAUCGUUUGCAAGUUGGAUAUGCACAAAAAGAUGUUCCGCAGAGGUUAUAUAGCCAUGUUAGCCGUGGAUUCCAAAUACAGGAGAAAUGGCAUUGGUACUAACUUGGUUAAGAAAGCUAUAUAUGCCAUGGUUGAAGGAGAUUGUGAUGAGGUUGUUUUGGAAACAGAAAUAACGAAUAAGUCUGCUUUGAAACUUUAUGAAAAUCUUGGUUUUGUUCGUGAUAAGAGGCUGUUCAGAUACUAUUUAAAUGGAGUUGAUGCGCUGCGACUUAAAUUGUGGCUGCGUUGAGAAACUGAUGACAUCAAGGAACAACUUUCCAACCAUGCAGAAUCGACCUUUGCAUGCAAUGCAAUUUGUACAGAAUUGCUUUGCAGGUGGAUUUAGUAACUUCCAUGCAGCUCUUAUCUGUCAGUGUCUCAUUUGAGUGUCGCACAAUAUUUGUUGCACUUUGGCAUGGCGCAUUUGUUCUGAAUUAAAAGAGAUUGUUUUAAACUUAAAGAGUUCUUUUGGUACCAACAAGAUGUGCCAGUUGAUAGCCAAGAUUUGUUUGUUCAUUUGCAAAGUCUGCUGACUAUGUUAUUUACACAGUGAUAAUUUUAUCACAGAACCAGUAAGUGGAACAUGAUUUUUGUUCCUUAAAAAAGCCAAUGUAGAUUGUAAAAAUCUCUGAGUAUACUAACAUUUCACACAAAACCUGCCAUAGUUUUCUGAAGGGGGUGGGAGGGAAAGCUUCAAUUUUAGGUUUUAUUUUUUCAAUAUUAAAUUUUCCAUUCUUGAAUAUUGGUACCUCAGUGAUUAGUGAAUGAAAACGUUAUGUAGGGUUGGGUGUGUCUUACAAUGAGUAAAGAUAAUUAAAUUGCGUCUGCCAGUGCCUGUGUAGAUAAGUAUACUUGUCUUCAUCUCUAGUUUUUGAAUGCAUGCUAUCUUUUCUUUUUCUUUAAGGCCUUUGCAAGCAAACUUUUGUUUUUAUUUAAAUUCUAAAUUUGAUAAUAAAUUAUUUCAGAUUUUUAUAAUUUGGAUACUUUUUCCAGGUGAGUGACAGAGUGGUUUACUGUAGAAGUCCCUUCUUUCCUUAUAGUAAGAAGUUGAAUCUACUUGGAAAAUCUUUGAGAAAUCACUCAAAAGGGAUGAGAAAAGUUGAUGAAGCCGGGAAUUGCUGGGUUUUGGAUGCACUUUUUUUUGAGAGUGAGGGAAUUUUUGGAAAAGAAUAGAAAAUUAAUGUAAAUUGGUAUGAUUUUAUUUAAUCAAAAUUAUUGCUGAGCUGUGAGGAACAGCUUUUACAAAGUAGUUGGAACUUUUUUCCCCACUUGGUUUAGAUUCACAUUGCUUCCAUUUCUUAAAAUGCUUCACUUUGGGUUCUUGGUCUUGGAAAUAAAUUUCAAGGUGCACUGUGUCCAUUUUAAACUGAUUUUCUUUUCACUUAUUUUGUGCAAAUUCCUGGGGGAGCUUUGCUUAUUAGUUCCCAGAAAAACAAAAGGGAGAAAUGGAAAUUUUUUUUUGGAAUGAGUUCCAUGGGUUUUCUUAAUUGCCAUCACCAUGUUCAUUAGUUUCAUUGUGUUUUGGCCAAUCUGUGCAAUGUAACAAAUUUUGAAGUUGAUUGCUUUCAACUGAGUCAGGAAAGUUGUGAUGGAUAAUUUAUUUGACUGGAAAACCUAGGUGCCCAUUAAAAAAAAGAUUCAUUCUCUGUGAAAAAUGUUUUGUAGGAAUCUGUUUUGUUUUUUUCUUUAAUUUGGAUAUGCUUUUCUUCUGCUCUAGGAUUUGGUUUGAAUUUUAUUUUAUGGCUAUAAUUACUGUAUUUUUAAAAACCCUACCUCCAUUAACAGUUGGUAAAAGCCCCCUUUCAGGAAAGUUUGUUGCCUUUUUUUUUUUUUUUGAUAAAGGAAAGCUGCUCCUUGCUCAGUGUAGUAUCUUGAAAGUGAACAUGGUGACAAGUACUUUUAAAAUAAAGAUACACAAAUUUGGUGAAAAUAAAAUCUUCCUGCUGAUGGGAUCAUUUGUGGUUCCUUAUUUUUAACAAAAACUUUUUCUUUCCAUUUUAUAUUGCUCUGGAAAUUUCAAUGGGCAGAAUACUGGUUACAUCAAAAAUAUAUGACCACACAGUACUCAGCUUUUUAGCUGACUGUUUUGAGUAUGUUUUGGUCAGACUUCAUUUGGACUCUAGCAUUUAGAGGAAUACCAAUCAUAGUGAUGCUUCUGUUAUUUUUAAUAUGGAGGGAGUUGAACUAAUAGUUCAGUACUUUCAUUAUCAAAUUUUAUCUCACGAGUUUAUAUUUGACUUGCUGGUUCAUUAAGUAAUGAUUGUUGAUGAACAUAUGUUUGCUUGACUCACUAAUUGGGACAGUUGUAUAGUAGAUACAUGAUAAGAUUUUUAGCUCAACCAUUAAUUUUUUUUGGCAGUUUGUCAAUGAAACCAUCACUUACAGAACUUUUCACCCAAAUUGACCAGAUUUUGCUGAAUUGACUGGGUGUUUUAAAUAUGAAUUUAACCAUGUGACUGAAAAGUCAGAUGGUUGUCAUAUUGUUCAAAUGGUGUAUGUUGACUAUCACUGUCUACCUUGUGUCUUUAAUUGGGUGUGCAGAAAUUUUUUACUUAAGUAGACUAAAAAUUUUAUCCUCUAGCAUGAUAACCCAGCACCAAAAUUGUCUCCAUUCCAGUUGAAGUAGAAUCAAACAUUCAUUUACUUUUUGAUAUUGGGCUUUCAUUUUUUUAAUAUACUCUUAAAAUAAUUCCAUUUAAAAUUGAUAGAGCAAGUUCACUUGGCUAAAACUGAGCAAAAUUGGUGCAACUUUCUUUUAAUGGGGUGCUGCCUCUUUAAGACUGACUGUACUAUCCACUGACACUGGUUUGGCAGUUGGUACUGCUGAACAUUUUUAUAUAUGCUACCAUGAAGCUAUAUAUGUUAGUAUUGAAGAAGCUAACGGGUAUACUACCAUUUUUGAUGUGUGGGCUGAUUAUAAUUUCCUUUACGUUAGGAUGAAACUACUGUAGAGAUGUUCACAGAUCAUAAACCAGACAGUAGUUUUUGAAGUUGAAGCCAGCAAAAUUUAAAAAAAGGAAAAAAUUACUAUUAAAAAUUGGUUUUAAUAUUUUCUGCCUCUUCCCCCAAUUACCCUCCCCAUUUGCUUGACAAAUCUUUGUAAAGAAGUUUGUUUGUCACAUGUUCUAACUUUACCUUGCCCUGUGUUAUGGUAUUGGCUGACAUGUAUAAGACUGGAUGUGUAUAUUUAUUAUGGUGUCUAAAAAUCAUGAAGUUCAUCACUUUCCAGGAGCAUAGAUAAAAGCAAAUUGGUAGUGCAUCAGAGUUACUUUUCAGUGCACCAUGACAUCACUAAAACGAGUGCUAUAAUGUUACAGGGCUUUCAGGUUUGUAAAAACAUAACCAUAAAUUAUAUUGACGUCAGAUAUGAGUUGAGUAUCUAUAAAAUAUCACGUGUAUCUCAAAAUAAUGGACUGCUGUUUGAUGACUGGAUAUUGCUGCAUAAUUUUCUUCUAUUGUCCCAUAUCCUUUUGGAGAGAGAGAUUUAAUGGGAUUCGAAAUGUGCAAGCUGUCUAAAUAAGAUGCAGUCAAAUAAAGUAUGGUUAAGUUGUGUUUGCAUUUUUCUUUUAGAUACAGCUGUGUGCAUUUUAUGUUUGAGUUGUUUUACCUACUAUGAAGAAAAAACCAGGCAGUCUAUUCAGUUCCCCACUUCCUGCCUCGCAUCCAAGAGUUAUUUGGAAGAAGUGAUGUACAGUUAUCUCUUUCACUUUAUGUUCUGACAAAGUAAAUUUGAAAAUAACAACAUGAACUUGAUUUUCCUAAAAGUGUUCAAAGUUGCUCAGCUCAUAUAUCAGCUAUCAAUACAAAUGAGUGCGCUUUUGUGUGCAUUAAACCAAAACUUUUUUUUGUCCUUGUUCCAUAGCAAUUUAUUCCUAAGACAGUUUUUAUUUUAAUUUACUCUCUUUUGUACUUAAGUAGUGUUUUUCCCCCCUUGCUAAGACCAAAGUAAAAUAGAGGAAUAUCUAAGGGGCUUUUUGUCCCAUUCUUUUGAGAAACUUUAACUGGUGGUUAUGCCAUCCUUUCAUAUUUUAAGAUUAACGGAUAUUAGUAGAAGAGAUCUCUCUUAAUUGUGAUUGCUAAGUUACUUUAAUCAUGCAUUACAAAUCUUUACUUUGUUCUUUUAAGGUCAUGUAGUGAAAAUAUCUGAGUUCAUGUUUUACUUGGGCCCCAUGUGGAACUCUAAAUACUUCAUAAAUUGUCUAAAUAAGAACCAGAAAGUUGGUAUCAUUCUUUCACACUUAUGAACAGAGAUCAGUAAUAAGCUGUAGCCUAGAGGUAUGUUGAUGCUUUUAAGCAACUUUUACCAAGUGAGUUUGAAAAACUUCACAAUUAUAUAGCACAUUGCACUUUCUUCAGGUCAGUGCCGUCCAAUAGUAGCACUUUCUAUGAUAGCAGUGUUAUUUGUGCUCUUCAGUAUGGUAGCCACUGGUCACAUGUAGCUACUGAGCCCCUGAAGAAAGGCUAGCAUGAUUGAAGAACUGAAUUUUUAAUUUUAAUUAAUUGGAGUUAAUUAAAACAGCCACAUGUGAUUAGGGCUCCUGUAUUGGAUGGCAUAGCUUUAGGUAAUAUUUAGGCAGUAAUAACUGAGGAAAGUAUUUUAUGGAAAGGGUUUUUAAGACUAUACUGUUUAAUUUGAAGAAUAAAAUAGAAGGAUCAUGAUUAAAAAUUGCCUCAGAGCAAUAUACUCUGCAAAAGAGUAUAGCUGCAAUGUUCUGUUGACAGUCUAUUUCAUUAAAAUGCUAUCUGUCACCACCUGUCUCCCUAUUCCUGUUGUGAUGCAGCCCUGAGAAAAGCAGCCCUUUCAGUUUUUAUUGGUUGGAAGUGCUCUGGGUUGCAGAGAUGCACAGAUUCAAGUGCCAAAAAUUGGUUUCUGAUGAGACUGUUGUAUCUUUUUAACAUUAAAAUAUUUUACAUCAUUAAGCCUAAUGAUUUCUCAUUUUAAAUGAAUCUGAAAUCAUUUUACCUCUAAAUGAGCUUGGUCAUUUCUUGUUUUAGCAGUGAUCAAACUGGAACAUGGAGGUAUAUCAUAUUUAUACUUUAAAAAAAAAUUCUAGAAGAUCACAUGUUGAUACAAGGACAGGUGACUUUGUUUUUGAGAGAACCAGAUUAAUUUUGCUGUGUUCUCUGAUCACAUCACCCUUGAUUCUAGCUGGUCAUGUAGUAAGUGUAAUUAAUCAAAUGAGCAGGAGUGGAGAUGGGAAACACCUGGCCAGGAGGAAUACCAGGCGUGGUAUGGCCCAUUAACACUGGUGGGGAAAGAGCUCAAGGCACACGUUCUAUUGAUAGUAAUGGGUGUUUAAUCUUCAUGUGAAAAAGACCUGAGAAUAACAAAUACCACCAAAGUGCCAAAAUCUGUCUUUCACUGCUCAAAAAAAAAAAAAAAUGUAAACAAUG